AUGAGACGAAGGGCUGUACCUCGUUCGGCUCAGUAUGGCCAGGCGUGCAUGCUCUGUGUAAAGGCAAAAUGCCGCUGUGUGGGUCGAUCCGACGGCAAGGGCUGUGAGAGAUGUAACCGCCUCAGCAAACAGUGUCGCCCGCACGAAACUGCCAGCCAGCGUGCUGCCAACAACAGCCAAGACUCGGACGACCGAUUUGCCCAGUUGGAGGGCAGACUCGACACUCUUGUCUCGCUUUUGAAGGCCCGCGCUGAUGGGAACGGCAGCCACGACCUUGUUCCCGACGAUGAGCAGUCUCGACACAUCCCCUUCACGCCCGAUUCACCAUCGUCGAAUAGCCACAUUCUGGUUGGGCCUGCCGAUGCAAAUACCGAAUCCGAUACCGACGUCGAAUUUGGUGUCGAUCAUGGCCGUGACAGCAAUGGCCUGCCGCAAAUCGAGACCACCGUCUUAUCCGGUUCUGUUGCUGUGCAAACAAUUCCUAACCACCACAACCCCCUCCCGGUGUCCACUUCUGUCUCACUCGAGCCGACUGACGACGUGCAUGUGGCGUGUCUCGACACCUUCCGCACGCUCAUGCUGCUUCACUUCCCUGUCGUAUACCUCGCGCAAACCCUGACAGCCGAGCAGCUUCAUCGCGACAGGCCCCUACUCUUCCAGGCCAUUGUCUGCGUCACAUGGCCAUAUCCCGAGGAGAAAGAAGCGCGCGCGGUCGAGCUGAAACGAACCCUUUGCGAGGCCGCUUUUCUGCGGCAGAGGCGCGCUGACAUGAACCAGUCUUGCGGCGUCGACCCCGUGCUCGACUUGUUGUUGGGCCUCAUGACCUACGUUGCCUGGGGCUGGGAUCACGUGCACAACCGCGGCAGCCUUUCGCACCUGGUCAUGUUGUGCAUGUCGCUGGUUGGCGAGAUGCGACUCGACAGGCCCGCCCUUGACGGCCACUACGCGGACAGCCUUUUGGCUCCCGUGGCGUCUCGGGGCUCACUCAGCCCUCCACAGCCCUCCGCCGAGGCCCAGCGCGCUGUGCUGGGCUGUUUUGUGCUCAGCUCCGUCGUCUCUGAAUACCUUGGCAAUAUGGAUCCCCUGGCAUGGACGCCGCAAUUGGACAAAAUUCUCAAUGACACAACCAGCUACAGGAACUUCGUAGACAACCCUCCUGGUCUUGUCGGCAUCACCAGCCUAGCGCACACCCAUUACGUGGAACUGCUUAUUCUAGAGGCCAUACGUGCAUCCACCUUGAUCCUUUCGCGUCUCGACGCUCCUGAGACCACCAACGCCGCCACCGUCCGCUCCAGUCCCAUGCAGGAGCCCACUACGCCUGGCUACAGCGACCUAUCAUACAUGUGGCAAUCCGUGCUUGCCAUCAGCGCCUGCACCUCGGGCCUGCUGAGCCUCCAGGCGUCCGACUUUCUCGGUAUCGCCUUCCUGCAGUGGGGACAACUGGCAGGCUGCGUUGUGGUGCUGAGCCAGCUUGAGGGUCUGGAGGACUCGCGCAUCAACCGUGCACACGCCCGCAGCGUCAUCGACCUUCCGUUGCUCCUGGAUCGCAUCGCUGAGAAGCUCGAACUGACGGCGGCCCACGCGGGCGAACAAGGCUUAGGCCCGCCCGGUGGCGUAUUCACGCAGCUCGCGGCGGGCAUGCGGGCAUUCCGCUCACGCAUACAGGGCUCCCUGGUCGAGCUUUCGCGGCCGAGCCCGAACGAGGUGUCGGGCUGCGGUGGCAGCAAUGAGGUUCAGCCUCUGCAGGGGCACCUGAAUACUCAGGGUCCUUCCAGCAGGUUCUGGAUGGACCAGUUGUUUCAAGGGUGA